AUGGCAGCCGCCAUCGACCCUGCGCUGGCCGCAAACAUGGCUGCUGACACGAACGGUGAGCAGCUCCCUCCGGUCUCGCAAGCCGUCCAGCAGGCACCUCCCACCAUGCAGACGCUGCAGCCUCAGCACCCCGACCAGUAUCGCGCGUUGCCGGCACCUCCCCACAUGUACGCUCCGCCGUACCCACAGCCACCCAUGGGCGCGUAUCCUCCACCACAACCCGCACCACGUCAACGCACCGCGAUCGCAUGCAGGUAUUGCCGCAGACGCAAGAUAAGAUGCUCCGGCUUCGAUCAGUCCGAGGAUGGCCGCUGCACCAACUGUCAGCGUUUCUCGCAGGAGUGCGUCUUCACUCCAGUCAGUGCCCAGACUCAGGCCUUUGUACCAGCGCAUACUGUCUGGCGUGGACAGAACCCACCUCCCAACACACAACUUUACGGCGCAUAUGGUCAGCCACUUCCGCAGCAUGGCCAACGCGACCCCUACGCCCAACCACAACAGGGUGGGCAGUAUCCGCCACCACCGCAAGGCUACCAACAGCCACCGAUGUACCAGCCUCAGCAAGGUCAGCCGCCUAACAUGCAGCCGCUUCAAGGUCAACAAUCCGGCGCCAAGCGCUCGAACGAUGAGCCACAUACUCCGACUCUGCCACCACCCAACCCGGCCGAGCAGGGCCAACGUGGGUCGUUUGGCUACCCUGACCCAACAGGUCUUAACCCAGCUGGUGCGUCGCCCGCUUCUUCUACUAUCUCGUUCCAUUCCGCACAACCACAACCAUACUAUCCUCAGCAGCCUGCCCGUAUCUCGCCGCAGAGCUCAUACUCGUAUGAUCCGUCGCGUGCCUCUUCCUCGCCUCAUACGCUUGGUCUGUCUGCUGCACCUGCACCACCUGGCUCUGUGCCAUAUCAAAGUGGUCGCACGCCGCCGCAAGGCAAUGCUGCUGCUGCUCAUGCUGCGCGCCAAGGCGUCCAGAUAAAUGAGCUGGUUGGCCCUGGUGGUCAACAGCAACAGCAGCAGCAGUACCAAGCGAUGCAGCAGGCUAUACAGCAAGCUAUGAAACAGGAAGGGCGCACGUCGACGGACUCGAGCAUGGUCCAAGCUCUGAGACACGAUCCCAACAAGGCCCUCAUCGACGGUGUCACAACUGGUGCCGAGAAGGACGAGGCUAGGCGUCGCAACGGCGAAGUCAAGGAUGUCGGCGUUCAGACGGAUGACCUGCAUCUGCCGGUCAAGGAGCAGGCCUCCUAG